AUGUCUCUGUGUUCUGAAAAUGAACCUGUUCUCCAGGCAAUUGGUGAGACUCUUCUCCCAUCAAGGCACUGCAUCCCAGAGCUUUGUCUGGUAAUGGAUGGCAAAAAGCAAAAGGGGUCAGGUUGCUUUGGCUAUCUCGACAUUUUUGUUCUGAGAGGAAUUGGGUGUAAUGAUAUUAGUUUAGAACUAAAAUACAUUUCAUUAGUUGGUUUGAUGAGAGAUAAUAAAGGAAAUCAGAUAAAGGAAUUUGAUGCAAAUGAGUUAGAAAAAUUAGACAAGAUACUCAAAAAGGAAGAUGAAGAAUCUUUACUAAAAAGGCGAUAUGUAUAUUGGUGCAAAGAGCUCAAAAAAACGAAGAAGACAACUAUACAUGAGGUAUUGGAUGAUGGAGUAAAACAGGCGAGAUCAUACAUGAAUACAAUCGCAAAGGGACAGGCUAUUGGUUAUUCUGCUUCAGGAGUAUUUGAUGAACGGAUCAGGAUAACUAAAUCAGACCUUAAUAAGCUGAAAGGGUUUGUCAUCAUAGUGAUUGGAUUUCGUCGCAUCAUAUGGAGAUCUGCUGAAGAUACAGUUUCUAACUAUAGAUAUAAUAAGUCUAAAGACUCAUCCGAAUCAGAUUUAUUGAGGCAAGAGAAUGCCAGGCUUAUGACUAGAGUCAAAGAAUUAGAACAGACUGCAAAAGAAAAAGAAGAGCUUGAGGCUAGAAUUGCGGAAUUGGAACAUGCUAUGGAAGAGAAUACUCAGCUUGAAGCUAAAGUAGCUAAAUUGGAAUACGAUUUUGAGGAAAUCAAAAAGCGAACCCAAACCAUUACUAAUACACAGGAAGCAAAACUUCAAAUCUCUGAUUCAUCCUUAAAUUAUUCAGAAUCACAAGUAACUUCUCUACCUCACUGUGAAACAAAUGACUCUGUAACUACUAGCAUUACUCCAAUAACUCCCGAGCAGAUAGAAAAUACAUCUGAUAAUGCACCAAAUUCUGAUGUAUGUCAGGAGACAAAGACUCAAUGCUCUGCAUCAUCAAUUUGCAUAGAAACUAAAUCUUCAGAAAAUAAAGAAAUGAACGAUUUCCUAGACUCAUUACAUAAAGAAAAGGUUAGAUCCCAAGACUUAUCUUCGGAUAAUUAUUCACAAUCUACUAAAAACAAAGUACAGAAAUUCACGUUAGAAAUUUCUGAAAACUCCAAUUUGCAGUUACAAUAUACUGGUUCUAUUAUCAAUGGUAAUGUAGAUAGUGACAUGACUCCAACCUUGAAUGAAACAGAAUCUCAACCCAGCAAUGAUAACUUUACACUUUUAUAUGAAAAACUUUGUGAUGCUAUAAUUCUUGCUGAUCGUAAAACUCAAGAAGCUAUUUUGUGUUACUGCUUAUUUGGAAAAGCUCUUAUGCAAAGACGUAAUGAAAUAGCAUCAGAAAACAAGACACCAAUUGUUACCGGUAGUUCAGUUGUUGCAUUAGAGUAUCGAGAUGGUAUUAUGAUGGCAGCUGAUAAUUUGG